AUGCUGGUAUUGGAAAGGCUUAACUCAUUCAUAGAAAACAAAUACGCUACAUCCAAUUGGAAGAAAAAAAAAUUCGUCUGGAGAUACAGUUUAUAUUUUAACAUUUUUUACGUCUCAUUAGCACUUGGAAUUGUGUAUACAUUAAUUGUUCGAUUAUUAAUUUCAUCCGAAAUAUACAGUAAUCACUUUUGCCAUUCAUCUACGACAUCAUCAGUGAAGAAACUUUAUAUGAUUAUCUUAAUAUUUCUAAUAUUAAUGGGAUUCCUGAACUUUCUUUUUUCUCGUCUUACAUAUAUAUACUCGAAUUUUACAAAUAGAGAAUUUUUUAAUUCAGGGAUUUAUUAUACCAUUCUAGGGUUUUUAAUUAAAUAUAUGUCAUGGAUUUUAUCCUUAAUAUAUAUCUCAUGGAUAUGUUUUUUGUUUGUAAAUAUUAUAACCAUUUUUUUUUCCCCUCGAAACUGGUGUAGCUUGAAAUACAAUAUUUAUGGAAUGGACGCUGUGAACAAUUGUCUCUUAGUUAAAAAUAAGGCCACAGGAUGCGAAAUAGAUAAAGGACUAAUAAACUUACGGACGAAAGAAAGCUGUAACGAUUUCAACAUUUUGAAAGUUCAAAAUUUUCUCUUUCUUAUUCGAUCAGCACCUAACGAAGUAUGCACAUUGAAGGACAAGAAAUUAUGCGAUUUUUUUGUCGAUUUCAUUAAAAAUAAAAAUAUUUCUUGGACUCCCUUUCCAAACUGUUCUGGAAAUACGCCUGACCUUAAAGAAGAAUACUUUUUAGAAAAUCCUAGCACGAAGAGUGACCUGUACUUAUUUUCCAUGUGUCUUAUAUUCUUCUGGUUCGUCACUAGUGCUAUUCUUAUUUCCCUUUUUGUUCUUGUAAAAGUGAGUACACCUAUUGAUUCAUCUUUUAUUGUGAAUGAAGAACGAUUUAACUUUUUUUUCAAAUUUACACGUAUUUUAGAUGUGUGGAGAUGA